AUGCCACUGGAAAUUGACCAGUGCCUCUACUUAGCCCCAACCCCCCUAAACUCAGUUGUUGUUGACGCCUUCUGCGCCCCACCACCUCAAACCAAAGGUGAAGUCUUCGGGAUGCCGGUAUUUCGGCACUGUCUAGCAGAAGCGCUUCUCGGUGGAUUGCAUCCAGUCCGGGUCAACGAAGCAGACGAGGAAGAGGCCAAAACAACGAAUGAAGAAGAUGCUGGCGAAGUUCUUACAUUUGACGUUAACUAA